AUGUCUGAUAACGAAUUCACCGGCUCGGAGACUUUGCCAAUAGAUUUGUUGCUGGAAAAAGACCCAAUUCUGAAACAAAUCGAAUUGAAAAUCGAUGCAAUCACAGAGAAAUUGGCUGAACAUGGGCAAAAAUUCAAUGAAAUCUCGGAUAAACUCCAAUCGAUAGAAAAUUUGACAGCGAAAAUUUCGAAAAUCGACGAGGAUGUUGAAGCAAAGGAUACUGUUCCGAAACAAGCAGCUGAAAAGUCUUUCAUAUUAAAGCAUGUUUUUGAGAAUGUUGAGCACUUUGUGAAAGGGAGAAGUUAUGAGGGUGGUUCAGAAAAUCACUUCAAUGUUGUUAGUUGCAUUGCAUUACAACGUUUGAAUGAUCACCUCGCUUGCUUCGUUAGUAUUCGUGGUCCGAAAGAGGAAGUCAAAUGGGAAGUGGAGACAAAAGUGGAUAUCAAAAUUGAUGGUCCAAAUCAAAUCAGUAAAGCCGAAAGUUGCAAUCACUGUUUUGAGAGAAAUGAAGGAUGGGGAUUCCCCAAGUUCUUGGAAUGGGAGGAAAUGAAAAAUGAGUAUCUUGUGGAUGGAAAGUUGACUGUGGAAGCUCAUGUGCAACUCAUCGAAUCUUCUGGAUUCAGCAAAGAGAAAAUUCAAAAAUUCGACGAAUCCACUAAAGAAGAUUCAGAUGUGGUUCUUGUCGUUAACAAAAAGGAGUUCUAUGUUCUGAGAAAAUAUCUCGCUGCUCAAUCGUCAUUCUUCAAAGCUCUUCUGCUCGGAGAUUCCGCUGAAUCCAAGAAACCAAAAGUGACACUGGCUGGAAUUGAUCCAGAUGAUUUCCACUAUUUCCUCGAAGUUCUACACGGAGAACUUGCCAUUGAUGAAUAUAAUAUCGAGGGAAUUCUUCUCAUUGCUAAUACAUACGGUGCAAAAACUGCAAUCAGAAGAUGCGAGAACUUUCUUCUGAACGAAUCGAAAAACCCGUUGAAAAAGAAACUACAAAUGGCUGUUCGAUAUAAUCUGAAGAAUCUGAAGAAUAAAUGCAUGGAGGAAAUCCAGACAUUUCAUCAACUAAGCUCCGUCAUUCCAUCUGAUAUCAACGACUUGGAUCAUAAACUAAUGGGCGAACUGCUCAAAAAAGCCAUUCUUCUCCAUUGA